CGAAUGGAUGAUGAGGAAUUUCUUCGGCUCCACACCUACGUUUGGGAAUCUUUUUGGAGCAAAUUUGAUAUUCAAAUCGAUGACAAUCCGGAGCUCCAAAGCACCGUUCGAGCCAGUAUUUUUUAUCUGAUGAGUAAUUUCAAUCUAACUGGAAACGAAGCAGCUCUAGGACCCGCUUCGACUACCGGAUUUGGUGGAAGCCUCAGUCCAACCGGCCUCGGUCGGGGUGGAUCCAAUCGGGACGAUUAUGAAGGUCACUCAUUUUGGGACACCGAAAUCUGGAUGUUUCCGGUCGUUAAUUUGAUUGAUAGUAGAUUUUCGGAAGCUCUGAUUGACUAUAGAUUUCAACGACUAGAUUCUGCCAAAAAACAUGCCGAAAGUGGUGGUUUUAGAGGAGCUAGAUUUCCCUGGGAAAGUGCCGUUUCCGGAAUGGAGGUCACUCAGCCGGAGUAUCCGGAAGUGGCAAACUUCCAACAGCACAUUACAGCCGACAUCAGUUAUGCUUUACGACAGUAUUUUGCAGCGACUCAUGACCUUUCCUGGCUGAACACCAAGGGUUGUUUCCUGGCUGCCGAAAUAGCCAAAUUCUGGGCCAGCCGUUUAUCACACGAUCCCGUUACGGAUCUCUACGACAUAAAAGCGGUCAUGGGACCGGAUGAAGAUCAUGAAACUGUAACCAACAACGCGUACACAAACGUGGCUGCGGCCUAUGCGCUUUAUUUUGGCGAACGAUGGGGCUCAGGCUACGCCCUCCGGAUUCCACCAGAACUGCUAUUUAGUUUGCGGAACAAAAACUCUACAGACGGCUAGUGUACCAGAUAGUGUCG